AUGCCGAAAUCCACCACCACGGCCUUUCUAGGCGCCACUGGGGGCUGUGUUAAUGCCUGCCUGGCCCAUAGCCUCCGAAACGGCUACCCCGCUGUCGCUCUCGCUCGCUCUCCAUCGAAGCUGACGUCCCUCCUGCUCACCCAGAGCCUGGACCAGGAGACUCUGGAUGCCCAACUCCGCAUUGUCCAAGGGGACGCGACAGAUCCCCGAGCAGUCAAAUCGACUCUCCUCCAGGACAUUGAUGGUGAUGGUAACGGUGAUGAUGAUGGCGGCAACUACACUGUGGUCUCCAAGAUCAUCAGUGGAAUCGGUGGCUCAGGAACCUUCCGAAACUGGGGCCUGGAAUUUGAUAACCCUCACAUCUGCGAAGACAGCACUCAGGCCCUCCUGACAGCCCUCCGACAGAUCUACUUGGAGCGUCCAUCGCUCAUCGACACCCAGCCAAAGCCACUACUCACCGUCAUCUCCGGGAUGGGCAUCGAUCCCAACAAACGCCGCGAAGACGUCCCUUUCCUGCUACGUUGGCCCUAUCACGCGCUCCUUCAUGUUCCACAUGCGGACAAAUGGCGGAUGGAGGAAAUCCUGUGUCAGGAGGACUCGAAGUCGCUUUUCCGAGGCAUCGUCACCGUGCGGCCGGGUAGUCUACUUACCGGUGACCAUUUGAUCACGUCUGGCAAUGGAUGGAAGACGGUGCAGGUUGGGACGGAGAGUGGGAAGCCAGCUGUUGGGUAUAAGGUUCUGAGGGCAGAUGUCGGAGAGUGGAUGUUUAACGAGGUAGUGGUGGAAGGUGGGGAGAGGUGGAUGGGAGAGAAGGUGUCGUUGACAAGUUAA